UGGGCAGCCGACCAUAAACAUCCAUAAUACACUUGCUGGAGUCAAGAUAAUUCGAUUCAUUUCUGUCUUUUCUUGCUUAUUGAGUCUUGUUAAGGUUUUGUAGUGUUUUAGCGUGUCAAUUUGUAAAAAGUAAUUGAAGUGUCGAAGCAGAAAUAUGAUGAAUACUGGGAAACUCGCCGGCCGGACAUUGUUUAUCACGGGCGCUUCGCGUGGAAUUGGCAAGGCGAUUGCCCUGAAGGCAGCUCGCGAUGGAGCCAACAUUGUCAUAGCCGCCAAGACGGUGAAUCCGCAUCCGAAACUGCCCGGAACGAUCUACACGGCGGCUGCGGAAGUUGAGGCGGCCGGAGGAAAGGCUCUCGCCUGCGCCGUGGACAUCCGGGAUGAGAAUCAGGUGCGCGAAGCCAUCCAGUCGGCGGUGGCGAAGUUCGGUGGGAUUGAUAUUGUUGUGAACAAUGCCAGUGCGAUCUCGCUGACGCCAACGGAACAGACUGACAUGAAGCGAUACGACUUGAUGCACAGCAUCAACACGCGGGGAACAUUCUUGGUGUCCAAGGAGUGCCUGCCGUACUUGAAGCAGAGCAAUCACGCGCACAUCCUGAACAUCUCGCCACCCUUGAACAUGAGUCCGCACUGGUUUGGGCCUCACGUGGCCUACACAAUGGCCAAGUAUGGCAUGUCCAUGUGCGUUCUGGGCAUGUCGCAUGAGCUCAAGUCCCUGGGAAUUGGCGUGAAUGCUCUGUGGCCACGCACGGCGAUCUCCACGGCGGCCAUGGAUAUGCUGGCGGGAGAGGGAAACACGAAAUACUACCGGAAGCCCGAGAUCAUGGCUGAUGCCGCGUACGUGAUACUCUGUCGUGAGCCACGUUCAACCACUGGAAGCUUCUACAUCGACGACGAAGUGCUGAACAGCGCUGGAGUCAGCGAUUUGCGUGAAUACGCGUGUGAUCCUGAGUUUGCUGAUCAACUGCUGCCGGAUUUCUUCCUGGAGUACGACAAAGCCCAGAUGGACAAGAUGACGGAGGCAAUUAAGACACCGGCAAGGAACAGUGACGCUUCCAGUGGCAAUAUUGCUGGACUCUUUGCCAAAAUCGAGAGUCUGAUGAGUGAAGAGUUGGUGAAGCGAGUCGGCGCCAGUUAUUCGUUCAACUUGAAGGGCAAGGAAGCCGGAGCCUGGUAUAUUGAUCUCACAAGUGGCUCUGGGAAGUGUGGCAAGGGACAACCACAAGUUCCCGCCGAUGCCACACUCACGAUGGACACGGCGCACUUCUACGACAUGUUUAGUGGAAAACUCAAGCCGGCCAAUGCCUUCAUGUCGGGAAAGCUGAAGAUUUCCGGAGAUUUGUCCAAAGCCAUGAAACUGGAGAAACUCAUGGGCAGUUUGAAGUCUAAACUCUGAGGAAAAAGGAGCGUCAAUUUAUCAUUUAUGCAUUCACAUGUGGAAUAUGUAUUUUUUCAAGCAUUAAAAGGGGUUUUUAUUUAAUC